UUUAGGUUAUAUGUGCAUUGAAAACACGAAAAUAGUUAUAAUUUGUUUAGUUUAGUGUUAAAAAGGAUUAUAUUGUAAUAAAUAGAAUGUCGUUUCGCGGUAGAGGAGGCGGUGGCUACGGCGGCGGCGGUGGGGGCGGCCGCAACAGUUUUGGAGGAGGAGGGGGCGGCGGCGGAAGGAACAGCUUCGGCGGCGGGGGUCGCGGUGGGGGCGGUCGCGGUGGUUUUGGUGGGGGUAGAGGGGGCGGCAGAAAUUUUGACCAAGGUCCUCCCGACCAGGUGAUCCCUUUGGGAUACUUCAACUAUCCCUGCCAAGAUGAGCUGGUCUGCAAGGUGGAGCUUGAAGAUGUGCCAUUUUUUAACGCCCCAAUUUAUCUGGAAAACAAGGAACAAGUCGGGAAAAUCGACGAGAUUUUCGGGAAUAUCCGGGAUUACUCUGUUACCGUAAGACUGAGUGAUGAUGUUAAAGCUAAUAGUUUCAAGAAAAAUCAAAAGCUAUACAUUGAUCCAGCGAAACUCCUACCCCUGAAGAGGUUCCUGCCCCAGGCUCCGGGCAGCGUGACGAAACGCGGGGGCGGCCGAGGCGGCGGCAGGGGAGGCUUCGGGGGCGGUCGCGGGGGCGGCGGCGGCAGAGGAGGCUUCGGAGGCGGUCGCGGGGGCGGCGGCGGCCGCGGCGGUUUCGGAGGCGGCAGGGGCGGCGGCGGUCGCGGAGGUUUCGGGGGCGGCCGAGGCGGCGGCGGCUUCGGGGGAGGCAGAGGGGGCGGCGGGCGCGGCGGCGGCGGUUUUGGCGGCCGCGGGGGCGGCGGAAAGUGGUAG